AUGGACUCGCAUGUAUUUAGAACCCAAUGUAAAGUCCGAGAGUGUUCUCAAUGUCAGGGGGACACAGAAUUCUACUGUAAAACGUGUAAACAUGACCUGUGUUUACUGUGUAAAGAGAAUUAUGUUCUUGAUCUAGAUACCUUACACCAUGAGGUUGUGAUUUACCGAGAGAAAAAUGACCACAUCUCAAAACAGGAACCCUGUGUGAGACAUCCUAACAGAUUCUAUAAGAUGUAUUGUCACUCAUGUAAUCUGUCUAUCUGUUUCCAGUGCACAGGACAUAGAAAACACAAAUUAUUGGACAUUAGAACAGCAUAUAAAACAAAACGAAAACAACAAAGAGAAAUCAUUCACAGUAUUAGAAGUGAGACUAUUUGUAGCAACUAUUUUCUAUUGUCAGGAAUCAAAGCUGAUAUAAAAACUUGCCACCCCAAAAUCGUAAACCAUCAGUCAAAGAUGGCAACAAAAGUUCAGAGACUAAAGUCCCUCAUUGACAAAGUGAUAUGUGACAUUCUUGAUUAUAUGACUCAUCGAUUACCGAAAAUGAAGAAAAAAAUAAAUAGACAUCUUGCUAGCAUAGAGAAAAAUGAAUACACAUUUGAGCAGUCAGCAAACAGACCACUAAAAUACCUUUUAUUCCUGAAGAAAACUAAUGCACAAAUGAUGAAGGACACCCCUAACCUUCCACAACACACCUUGCUCUCACAGACUGAGGAAGUCAACAUGGAGGAUGUGAUUAAGUUACUUAAAGAAAUUCAAAUCAUAGAGACAGGAAAAAGACAAAUAAAAAAUGAUUAUCUGCUGAAACUGAUGUCUACACCCGUACUAAAUAAAUCUGUAACAGUGACUGAUGUUAGGGGUGUAUGGCAUAUUUCCUGUUUAAAAUCAGACCAAAUUUGGAUCAGUGAUAUGUAUAAUAAUCUCAUAUUGACAAACACAGCAGGUGACACUCUACAUCGUUUGUCAGAUAGAAGUAAUGGAUGGGGAGGACACACAGUAAACAGUGCCGGAGAUCUUAUUUAUAUUGACAGAAAUGAUAAUAUAAACAUACUAUCUAAAGUCAACAGAACAAGGACUACACUGUUCAAGAAAUCAAAACCAUGGCUACCACGCUGUGUGUACUGCUCCCUCUCCAAUGGAGAUUUUCUCGUUGGGAUGCUGAAUACUGAGAGAUGGUCAGGCAAGGUAACACGGUUUAACGACACAGGACAACACAUUCAGACAAUACAGCACAGCAAAAGAGGUCAGGAACUGUAUGGAGCUCCUAUAUACAUCACAGAAAACCGCAAUGGAGAUGUUAUUGUGUCUGACUUUUGGCGUGGUGUUGUCGUGACAGAUCGUCUUGGAAGGUAUCGUUUCUCCUACACAGGACCUCCAACAGGAUCACAACUAUAUUCCCGUGGAAUCUGUACAGACGCACUGUCACACAUCUUGGUGUGUGAUGAUAACUGCCACACGAUACAGAUGAUUGACCAAGCCGGAAGCUUCCUGUCACUAAUACACACACAACAACAAGGUAUUUACACACCGCAGAGCUUGAGUUAUGAUGACAAAACUCACCUUCUCUUUGUUGGAUCAUACGAUAUCAAUAGAGUAUGUGCAUACAGAUACAUAGAAAGGAACGAUUAUGUAUCAGGUAGUUUUUGUGAGUAAGUACAAGACAACAAAUACCAAAGUGAUUUUUUUUCUUUUACCUUAAAAAACAAGGAACUAAGAGAAA